UGCGACUAUAAAUGGAUAAGAGGUUAACAAAGCUCUGCCGUACUGCCUUGCUUCCAUAAACUCUGUGCUACCUCUCCACGCUGAGUUCGCCAUGGAAAUUUAUUCCCAAGCUCACGUUUGCCAGUGCCUGAGCCGCCUGGCAAACGGCCGCCGCGAUUGCGUCGUCACCGUUUACGGAGACAGGAGGAAAACCGGAAUGCAGUUCGUGGAGGAGGUUAUUUGCCUGGCGCGCGGGUUGCUAGAGCUCGGCAUCAAGCCUGGUGAUGUCGUCUCCAUAUCUGCUCUCAACAGUGAUUUAUAUUUGCAAUGGAUGCUUGCUAUAACCUAUGUUGGAGGAAUUGCUGCUCCGCUCAACUAUAGAUGGAGCUUGGAAGAAGCCAAAUCAGCAAUGGAGGUUGCACAACCUGUGUUGCUUGUAACAGAUUCAAGCCCUGGAUUCUGGCAUUCUACUUUCAGCAUAGAUUCUGUUCCAUCUCUACGGUGGCAUGUUGUGAUAGACAUCCCUGCUGAAGCUAAUAAUGCUGGAACAAUUCUUGCUACUGAACUUCUUAAAAAGCCUACUGGAAGAGCUGUCGAUCUGGACUUUCAUUGGGCACCUGAGGGAGCUGCAGUUAUAUGCUUUACAUCAGGUACUACUGGAAAGCCAAAAGGAGCUGCCAUAAGCCACUCGGCUAUAAUUGUGCAAUCCCUAGCAAAAAUUGCUAUUGUCCGCUAUGAUGAGGACGAUGUCUAUCUGCAUACAGCUCCACUUUGUCACAUUGGAGGAAUAUCUUCAGCCAUGGCCAUGUUAAUGGCUGGGGGUUGCCAUGUUAUAUUACCCAAGUUUGAGGCCAAACUAGCUUGUGAAGCUAUCAGAGAACAUCUUGUAACUUCAAUUAUCACAGUACCCACUAUGAUGGCUGAUUUAAUCUCCUUUAAUAGGAUGAACUUCACAUCAGAAAAUUUAGACUCUGUGAGGAAGAUUCUAAAUGGAGGCGGUGGUCUGUCAGUUGAGCUCAUCAAAGAUGCUAUAAAACUUUUUCCUAGAGCCACACUUCUCUCAGCUUAUGGAAUGACCGAGGCAGCCUCUUCUUUAACCUUCAUGACUCUCUAUGAUCCAACAAAAGAGAACCCCUGGCAGCAUGAACAAGAUAUUAAAAGGUCUGAUAUAAGCAGUCAAGGGGGUGUUUGUGUGGGGAAACCAGCACCACAUAUUGAAAUAAGGGUUAGAUCCGAGGAGUCUGCUGAUACCGGGAGAAUAUUAAUGAGAGGUCCUCAUGCAAUGCUCCAUUACUGGGGUCAAAGCCCAUCCAGUAACUUGAAUCCUGCAAGUGAAGGUUGGCUUGACACUGGAGAUAUAGGCCAGAUAGACUGCCAUGGUAAUCUCUGGCUCAAUGGGCGUGCAAAGGAUAGAAUCAAGACUGGAGGGGAAAAUGUUUACCCAGAAGAGGUAGAGGGUGUCAUAUCCCAGCAUCCAGGAAUUUCCAGAAUUGUUGUUGUUGGAGUUCCUAAUUCACGGUUGUCAGAGAUGGUGGUUGGCUGUAUUCAACUCAAAGACGGUUGGAAAUGGACUGAAUUGAGUUCUAAGCACUCAACACAAGACAAAGGUCAUUAUUUAUCCAGUGAUAUCAUCAGGCAAUUUUGUAAGGAACAGAAUCUAACAGGUUUUAAAAUUCCCAGAAGUUUUAUAUUAUGGAAGAAUGACUUUCCAGUGACAACUACUGGGAAAUUAAGAAGAGACCACAUCCGAGCAGAAGUUGUGUCUCAGAUGGAGUUUCUGCCCAGCAAACUAUGAUUUGACGAAAAACAUGGUUACUAAAAUGUAGCCAAAUAAACAAUGUACUGCAUCACUGAUGUCCUGUAUGUUUUGCAAGCUAUAUAUCAAUGCCAAAGUUCAUUACCAACAGCUUUUAUUAGGCUGUCAAAGUUGCAUAUAAAUAUAUUUCAUCUUUGAGUAAUUCAUAGCCACUCACCUACAGCAUGAGCACAUUCAGUUUAGUGCUGGACAGCGUGAAGAAUGCAUAUUGGUUGUGGAAACAUAUUUCAUUCAGCUGAUGUUACUUCAGCUCUGACUUCAAUCCAUGAUAGUAUGGUGUUAACUACUUCUUCUACCGUUUCAUUUGGUUCUCCAAUGAAUUGGUGCCACAUGCCUUCGUAGAUCUUCAAUGUCUUGUCUUUGCUGGCUACUGAAUUAUAGAGGCGUUUAGCUCCUGUCACUUCGCAUACCAUGUCAUCUCCACCAUGUAGAAUCAAAAUUGGCACUGUUAACCCAUGGCAGUUUCUUUCUAUGUAUUCGGUGAACUUCUGGAACUGCAAUCCCACGGCUGCAGUCAGCUUACCACAGGUGAUCUGAAGAAUGGCACCCUCCAAGAUGGUGCAAAAAAAACAACAGCUUCAAUUAGUUUAUUCAGCAGCCAAACAGGCACACAAGCAAUGCCAUUGAAGAGCCCAGUGACUCCCCGUAAAGAAAAUGUGGCAGCUCCGGAUGACUGGUGCGGGCUGAGUCAAAGUACUGCAGGCAAUCAUUCACCAGGUCAUUGAAAUUAGUGAAGUGAUAACGAGGGCCUUCUGAGAAGCCAUGUCCUUGCAGGUCUAAUGCACAUACGAAGAAUCCGGAUUUUGCUAUAGCCACCGCAUUUAGUUCAAAGAGCCAACUACUCUCCGAGGAAUAGCCAUGAAUCAUUCCCACAAGCCCUUUCAAUUUGACACUCAAAUCUGACGGCUGCCAUGAUUGUGUGUAUAUCUUCAUCUUUUGUCUGUUGAUCAUGAAGCCCUUUUGGUGCAAUAUGUGAUGUUUCAGGUAGAACUCCUGCCUCGUCAGAUUCCCGUAAGGACUAAACUCAUUAGCCUCAUGAAUUGGAAUCAACUGCUGGUGCUGGUGUGGAUUGCGCACAACAAAAUCAGGCUGAUAGGCUAUGAAUGCCACGCCACCAUAUGCCGUUUCUGGCAAGGCUGCAUGGGCUACACUGGUAGAACUCCUGCCUCGUCAGAUUCCCGUAAGGACUAAACUCAUUAGCCUCAUGAAUUGGAAUCAACUGCUGGUGCUGGUGUGGAUUGCGCACCACAAAAUCAGGCUGAUAGGCUAUGAAUGCCACGCCACCAUAUGCCGUUUCUGGCAAGGCUGCAUGGGCUACACUGGUAGAACUCCUGCCUCGUCAGAUUCCCGUAAGGACUAAACUCAUUAGCCUCAUGAAUUGGAAUCAACUGCUGGUGCUGGUGUGGAUUGCGCACCACAAAAUCAGGCUGAUAGGCUAUGAAUGCCACGCCACCAUAUGCCGUUUCUGGCAAGGCUGCAUGGGCUACACUGAUUACAGCACAGCCACCAGCCUGUCUCAAAGUCCAUACCGAAUUACGCCCUGACUGAAUACUAAUUACUGUGAGAGAAACUGCCCACACUCUAGUUACUUGUUGGAGAGUAAGGAGAAAGGUACAGAAGGGUACUUCUGGUACGGACAGACAAGAAGACAAGAUCCUUUUUAUUUAAUUACUGUGUGCGGAAGGGGUAAUAUUGAGAAUCAAGAAUAAAUUUUUAUGUGGACUGUUGAUCGUCUUCCAGACAAAUGCAUGCCAGCCCGGCGCAAAUAAUGAAGGCCCCUGUUUUGGUUCCAUAUUAAUAUAUCAGUAGCAAUUCUAUUUUAAAUUCAUGCUGUUGUAAUUUGUGAUGGAGUGACCAGUAAAUACUGCUAGAGUUGUUACAACAAUUCACCAGACAUAGGUAUAUAAUUAAUAAAGUAAUCUUGUACAGAUGUACGAGUGCCUGCAGGAUUCCUGAGUCUUGACACUUUACAAAAGAAGACAAAGGCUUCAGAAUUUGGUGUAUUAUUAAUUUCCAGGCUGUUUUUUGAAACUUCAUUUCCAGCCAGACCAUCUCCAUUUCCAUUCUGUUCAGGAACCCUUAUUUCUGUAAUUUCAGAGCUCGCUGCCCUUGUUUGUUGAUAUUGGGGAUUUUCUGAGGAAUCAAGAUUGCACCUUUACAUAUCUUCUUGCAGUAUUCUGUUCAUAUAUAUUUUUUUAAUUUUUUUUUUUCAAAUAUAUAUAUUU